GAAGCGAGACGACGACGACCGACCGACAAUACCACCGCAACGAACCGACAUUCUAUCCGACUUCUUCGCCGGGUCAGCGUUGCUUUUGUUUUCUGUGUCUGCUCAGAGAAGAAUAAAUAAGUCCGUCAAGAUGCCUUCGGAACACGGUCACAGACUCUACGUGAAGGGCCGCCACCUGAGCUACCAGCGUGGAAAGCGCAACACCAACCCCAACACAAGCUUGAUCAAGAUUGAGGGUGUCGAUGAUGUUAACGCCGCCAACUUCUACCUCGGAAAGAAGGUCGCUUUCGUUUACCGCGGAAAGAAGGUGGUUCAAGGCUCCAAGAUCCGUGUCAUCUGGGGCAAGGUGACCCGACCACACGGCAACUCCGGCGUCGUCCGCGCUCAAUUCCGACACAACCUCCCUCCUCAGACUUUCGGUGCCACCGUCCGCGUCAUGCUCUACCCUUCAAACAUCUAAACCAGCGAUUUCCGCGAGCCGGGGUGCAUCAUGUUCUGUUUACUGUGUUUGUUUAUGUAAUGAAGGGCGAGGCCUAGUUUCGACGGCAUACAAAAGACGAGGCUCUUUUUCUAUCUCUUAUCCUGCUCUUUUUCCUUUUCAAAGCAAUUUGACAAAAUUGCUCCUACCGAUUGCACAACAGAUGACUUAUAUCCAUGGUGAUUUGUGAUGGGAGUUGGUUUCGAAACGUUAGAAGAAGAAGCAAGAAAAAAGGAUCGGAAAGAGAAUUCUAUGGCAUUGGGCAAGUCAUACAAGCAUUUGACAGGGAUUUAUGAAGUUUUGAAAUCUCUGUUAUAAACAAUCUUUCUCUUUUUGCUCAUAUCGAGGAAAAGAGGAACAAAAAAAUCAAAAUAUGAUUUUUAAAAGAAUACCCUAUUGAGCCAUCUGAUGGUGAUAUCAAUUUUUCCAUUUUCCAUUUUCCUAUUUCUCGUCACUUUUUCUACGACUAAUCUCUUUAGAGAGCAUUGCUUUUGUGAUAUCGGAAUCAAAGGCGGCAAAUUGAUA